AUGGAACAUCAUUAUUCACUUAUGAAUAACACUACUACAAAUACUACUAAUACUACUACUACUACUAAUAUUUCUACUCAUUUCAAUCAAUACUCAUCGAUAGAUGAAGAAAAUCCUUCUGACCACAACAUCAACACUUAUAUGAAUAAUACAUUCUUAUUAGAAAAUCUUAGUAAUCUCUUGUCAUCUAGUGUAUUACAAAAUAUUACUCAUCAUUUAUUAAAACAAAAUUUUUCAAAAACCAACAGUGAUUUCACACAACUCCUUCUAUCCAAUUGGAAUUUAUUCAAUGAUCAAUAUAAAUUGGCCAUUUUGAAAAAAACUUUAUCUACAACUAAUAUAAAUAUUAAUGAAGAUUUAUCAAUUAUAUUGGAUCAAUGUACAAGUCGGAAUGUUGACGAUAUUUCAUCACAACAACAAUAUUUACUGAAUACAACUAAUGUUCAGAAUACAACGGUUGACAAUCAUCAUUGGUCACAUUUGAUUGGAACAUUGAAUAGUCAUGAUUAUCAUCACUAUGACAACGGGAAGGAUGUUUAUCAUGGAACAGCAAACACUGAACAUAUUCAUAAUAAUAUUAGUAAUAAUACUAAUAAUACAUUAUUGAAUUUCGAAUCACAAUCAAAUGAAGCCAUUGAACAUCGAAUGAUGAGAAUUUCACCGGUUCAUUCAAAUUCUUGCUCUCUUUUUCCAUCGAAACCGCCAUAUUCCUACAUUGCAUUAAUUGCGAUGGCGAUUAAAUAUGCACCAGGACAAAAAAUUACGCUGAAUGUGUGGCGUUCUAUUCAAUUUGAUUAUUUUGGUCAAAAUCAUUUUUUAAAUUGA